AUGUCGUCAUUGCCGCAAGAUGGUGGACACCAGCCUUCGGGUUCGCUCCGUGAUGGGAAGGAUGUCCCCGCCGCUACUAACACCGCUGCUACCACCUUUGAGACCACACCGUUGCUCGUGUCCCUCGGCCGUCAAAGUUCCGCGUACACCGACCUCAACAACACUAGCACCAGGGAUGGGAACGACCCCGAGCUUGGUGAUUCCAACGGUUUUUGCAGGGUCAGGCAUGGACAUGAACAUGGCGCCGACGAUCUCGAUGAGGAGGCGGACGCCGCGCGCCAAGUAGACCACUCUCGUCAGGAACAAAGGCUGAAUGCCACACCAUCACCACCACCAGAACGAAAGCAGCAUCGGCUUUGGAACAGGAUCUCCAGACGACUCAUUUUCUUGCAACGGGAAAAUGAUGAGAAUGAGAGGUCGCCGUUGGAGAAGGAUCUGGUGCGGAGCUUCCUCACCUUCUUCAGCAUCUCCUACUGUCUCAUGCUCAUUCCCUCCCAAGUAAUCAUCACCUACGUCCGUCCCAGCUACUGGCUUCCCGGUCUCGAAAUAGGAUGGGGCUUCGUCACCGCUCUCAUCGCCUUCGCCCAGAACGCGAACCAAAUCUACGCCUUGCGAGUCUUGCUCGGCUUGUUUGAAAGCAGUGCUUGGCCGGGCAUGAUGACCCUUUUCAGUCAGUUCUCAUUUUCCUUAUUUACGAUCUUCCUUUAUAGCUGCCCUUCUCAAUCGCCCUACCCCACCCCUCCCCUUUCCGACUUUAUCGCUGCCAUAGAGCUCGCCAAGCGCAUGGGCUUUUACCAUUCCUGCCAAGCACUGGGGUCGAUGAUGUCUGGGGCAUUACAAGUUGCUGUGCUUGAGUCUCUUGAGGGGAAAUGGGGACUUAGGGGUUGGCGGUUAGUCUCAGUAUUUUUGUUUACUUCACCACCUUUUUUUUUGUCUCGUCCAUUUCCUCUUCACCUCCAAUCCAACUAUUAUCCCAACUCCCCCAACCCGCGCUCUCUUCUCUCAACAUCCCCUAGAAUUACAUCCCACACAAGUUUUGGAUGGCUCUCCGACAAACACGUCGAAGUAGCCGAGGACCGCCUCAAACGCCACGGCCGAAGCGAUUCCAAGAAAAUCACCUGGCCCGCCGCCAAGCGCACUUUCCGCAUGUGGAUCGCCUACUUCAUUCCGAUGCUCUACAUCGCGUCCGUUCUGGCGCCGUACGGGUAUAACUACUUUAAUCUUUUCCUGAAGGAACUGAAGAGAGAAGAAGAUGGGAGGCCGAGGUGGAGUGUUAAGGAGGUGAAUACGAUUCCGAUUCUGGGAAAUGGGGUUAAUGUUGUUUUUGUUUGGAUCUGGGCGAUUUUAUCCGAUUUGUUGCAGACUAGGUGGACGUUGUUGGUUGCUCAAGGCGUGAUCGGACUGAUCCCAUGCAUCAUCAUGAGCGUAUGGACAUCUCAUCCGGACACGACACCGGUUUCUGCUGCCUACGCCAGUUACUUCAUGACUUACAUGAGUCUAGGAACGGCGCCAUUAAUCAUGUCUUGGCUGUCUGACAUCCCGGAACGACUCGCAGCAAAAAGUAGAGCCUCCCGCCAAGGGCUACUCUCUUCAACCGAGACUCCAGACGAUGGUCAAUUGGAGUAA